AUGCUUCCUCGCAGGCAGGACUACGGGAUGAAACGGACUGGGGGAGCGCGUAGCGGCUCGGUUAUAAACUUCAGGACAACGGUGAACUCGGGCUCUGGCCGCCGCAGCUCCGCGGUGCUGCCGUCGCUGCUAACGUUUCUGGUGAUCGUCGCGUCCGGAGGCCUGCUGCUCAUGAUAGAGAAAGGAAUGCUGAACAGCAUGGAGACGCCUCCACCGCGGGGGAGCGGCCGGCGGCUGGACUUCAUCAGGCAGGUCGGGAGGCACAGCCCGGCUGCUGUGGACGUGGAGUCCCAGAUCCUCCAGGAGAUCCGCAACCGGACCAUCAGGACCAUGUGCAGCCAGAAGAACAUGCCCCACAGCAUCUGGUCCCUGAGCCCCCUGCAGAGGAAGACGCUGCUGCAGCACGUCCUGGUGAAUGACCAGUACCACUUCCUCUACUGCUACGUCCCCAAAGUGGCCUGCUCCAACUGGAAGAGGGUCCUGAAGGUUCUGAGCGGAGCUCUGGAGAGCGUGGAUGCCAACAUCAAGAUGAACCACCACAGCGACCUGCUGUUUUUGUCCUCUCUUAAACCCGAGGAGAUCCGUUACCGCCUCAAGCACUACUUCAAGUUCAUGUUUGUGCGGGAGCCCAUGGAGCGCCUGCUGUCUGCAUACAGGAACAAGUUUGGCGAGAUUCAGUCCUACCAGAAAAAGUACGGCGUGGAGAUCGUAAAGCGAUACAGAAAGGGUCGCGCUAAGGACGCGUCUGUAACAGGAGACGAUGUGACCUUUGCGGAGUUCGUCCAUUACUUGCUGGAUGAGGACGUGGAGCGCAUGAAUGAGCACUGGAUGCCGGUGUACAACUUAUGCCAGCCCUGUGCGAUGAACUACGACUUCAUCGGCUCCUAUGAGCACCUUGAAAGUGACGCGGAGUUUGUGCUGGAGCGCAUUGGAGCGCCCCCCUCUGUUCACUUCCCAGAGAGGCAAACGUGGUACAAGCCGGUCACCACGGAGACGUUGCACUAUUAUCUGUGCCGCUUACCACAGAAGCUACUGAGGGAACUCCUGCCCAAAUACAUUUUAGACUUUUCCCUCUUCACGUAUCCUCUCCCCAACACAACCACUGAGCACUGCCGGCAUUAGAUGUGCCAUGUUUUAUAGUUCUGAGAUUAUUUUUUAUAGAGAAUGAUUUGUACUAUUUUUUAUUCCUAGGGAACAAACAGUGUUUUGAAAGCUGUUACACAUUUUUACUUGAGAAAAUUAUCGCAAAAUGCUGAUUAUUGGAGAUGGAGACUUGACUUCAAAACCACUAAAGCUUGAAAUCAGCUGCAGAAAAAAAAAAUCAUGUAAAUCACUUCACCAGUUACAACAUGUUCCUGUCAUGCACUGUUACAGUAUACAGAAAUGGAAAUACGGUUGGAAGACCAAAUUUAGUAUUUUGCUUGCUUCUUUAUCUACACAUUGCAGAAGCUAAAGGGUUAAUGGCUUCGGUGGUUUAGCAGGCUAAAACACAUACCAUGUACUCAGAGUUGUGGGUUUUAAAUCAAGCUUCUGUUUUUUGUUGUAUGUCACAGCCUCUCCUUCCCAUUGUUCCAAUAACUUUGGCCUAUUUACUUUGUAAUAAAACAAGUCAAAGUUUUGUGAUGUUA